AUGGAAACCAUAGAAAGCAUUGCGGCAAAUACUGCUCUUGUUAGAGCCAGAGAAGGUGGAGGAAGGAGCUGGAAAUGGAAAGAAAUGCUUCGCUUUCCCCACAUUAGCCAGUGCAAAGACCUGGCCAUGAACAUAGAACGAGACUACUAUAGUCUAUGUGUGAAGCAGCCUAUUGGCAAGAAACUGUUUCAGCUCUUCUGUCGGAGUCAGCCUGAUCUGCAGAACUACAUUUCCCUCCAAGAUGCUUUGGACAACUUUGACAUUCAGUCAGAUGACAAAAGGAAAGAGUCUGGGAACAGGAUCAUCCAGAGAUUCCUCAUGAAGCAGUCCAGUGAGUGUGUGUCCAUCCUACUGAGGCAUGAAAGAAGCUGCAAUCAGAGUCUGGAGCUCAAUCCCUGUGGUGAUGUCUUUCAUGGCUGCAGGGAAGACCUACAUAAAUACCUCAGCAACGAGCCCUUCACCCAGUACCAGGACAGCAUGUUCUUUGCCCGCUUUCUACAAUGGAAACAGUUGGAGAGGCAGCCUAUCAUGAAGCAAACAUUUCGACAGUACAGACUACUGGGGAAAGGAGGGUUUGGAGCGGUGUGGGCCUGUCAGGUGAGAGCCACAGGCAAGAUGUAUGCCUGCAAAAAGCUGGAAAAAACCCAUGUAAAGAAGAGGAAAAGAGAGGACAUGGCUCUCAAUGAGAAAGAGAUACUACAGGAACUGGACAGUCGCUUUGUGGUGAAUCUGGCAUAUGCUUAUGAGACCAAGCACAAUCUCUGUAUGGUUUUGACCAUGAUGAACGGCGGUGACCUAGGGUUUCACAUACAUCGCAUGGGGUCACCUGGUCUGACCAAAGACAGGGUACGUUUCUACGCUGCAGAAGUCUGCUGUGGUUUAAUUCACCUCCACCAGAAGUCGAUAUUAUACAGAGAUUUGAAGCCAGAGAACAUUCUCUUGGAUGACAAUGGACACAUCCGCAUCUCUGACCUGGGUUUGGCUGUGAAGAUGUCUGAGGGGAGUCUAGUACGAGGCAGGGUGGGCACACUGGGCUAUAUGGCUCCUGAGGUGAUCGGCUAUGAGCGUUAUGGAAUGAGUGUGGACUGGUGGGGCCUCGGGUGUCUGAUUUAUGAAAUGACUGCAGGUCGGCCCCCUUUCAGGGCCAAAGGAGAACAGCCUAAAUCCUCAGAAAUGGAGAGAAGGAUUCAGAAUGAACAUGAAGAAUAUGGCAACCAGUUCAGCAAGGAGACAAAAGACAUCUGCUCCUCACUGCUGACCAAGGACCCCACAAAGAGGCUGGGCUCCCAGAAGUCUGGGGGAAAAGAUGUAAAAUUUCAUCCUUUCUUCCAAGAGAUCAACUUUCGGAUGCUGGAGGCAGGACGCGUUGACCCUCCAUUUAAACCUGAUCCCAGUCAGGUGUACUGCACUGAUGUACAGGACAUAGAAGAAUUUUCUACAGUGAAAGGAGUCCAUUUUGACCAGACUGACAGCUUCUUCUACUCCCAGUUCAACACAGGAAGCAAUUCCAUAAUUUGGCAAAAUGAGGCAAGUUCUAGGUUACAUUACCAGGGUUAA